AAGUUAAGGGGGUCGCGGGUAGCGCUUCCCGGGACCCACAGCCGCAGCCCUCGCCGCCACUUCGCCAGGCAUCCUUUAGCGUUGGAGUCGCAGCCAUGAGCGGCGGCGUGUACGGGGGAGAUGAAGUUGGAGCCCUGGUCUUUGACAUUGGGUCCUAUACUGUGAGAGCUGGUUAUGCUGGUGAGGACUGUCCCAAGGUGGAUUUCCCCACGGCCAUUGGUAUGGUGUCAGAACGAGAUGACGGAAGCACAUUGAUGGAGAUAGAUGGUGAUAAAGGAAAACAAGGAGGCCCCACCUACUACAUCGACACCAAUGCCCUGCGUGUUCCAAGGGAGAACAUGGAUGCUAUUUCACCUCUGAAAAAUGGAAUGGUGGAAGACUGGGAUAGUUUCCAGGCUAUUUUGGAUCAUACGUACAAAAUGCAUGUCAAAUCAGAAGCCAGCCUGCAUCCUGUUCUCAUGUCAGAAGCACCGUGGAAUACUAGAGCAAAGAGAGAGAAAUUAACAGAGUUAAUGUUUGAACACUACAACAUCCCUGCAUUCUUCCUUUGCAAAACGGCAGUUUUGACAGCAUUUGCUAAUGGUCGUUCAACUGGGCUGAUUUUGGACAGUGGGGCCACUCAUACAACUGCAAUUCCAGUCCACGACGGCUACGUCCUUCAGCAAGGCAUUGUGAAAUCCCCUCUUGCUGGAGACUUUAUCACUAUGCAAUGCAGAGAACUCUUCCAAGAAAUGAAUAUAGAAUUGAUCCCUCCAUAUAUGAUUGCAUCAAAAGAAGCUGUCCGUGAAGGCUCUCCAGCAAACUGGAAAAGAAAAGAGAAGUUGCCACAGGUUACACGGUCUUGGCACAAUUACAUGUGUAAUUGUGUUAUCCAGGAUUUUCAAGCCUCAGUACUUCAAGUAUCAGAUUCAACUUAUGAUGAACAAGUAGCUGCACAGAUGCCAACAGUUCAUUAUGAAUUCCCCAACGGUUACAACUGUGAUUUUGGUGCAGAAAGGCUAAAGAUUCCUGAAGGAUUAUUUGACCCUUCCAAUGUAAAGGGCUUAUCAGGAAAUACAAUGCUGGGAGUCAGUCAUGUUGUCACGACAAGCGUUGGAAUGUGUGAUAUUGAUAUCAGACCAGGUUUGUAUGGCAGCGUGAUCGUGGCAGGAGGAAACACGCUCAUCCAGAGCUUCACUGACAGGUUGAAUAGGGAGCUCUCUCAGAAAACGCCCCCAAGCAUGCGGUUGAAACUGAUUGCAAAUAAUACAACUGUGGAGCGGAGGUUCAGUUCCUGGAUCGGUGGUUCCAUUCUAGCUUCUUUGGGCACCUUUCAACAAAUGUGGAUUUCCAAACAAGAGUAUGAAGAGGGAGGGAAGCAGUGUGUGGAAAGGAAAUGCCCAUGAAGAGUUUCCAAGCCUCCACCUUCUGUGUCACCUUCCGUUUCAUAGCUUUAGUAAACUCAGGAAAAGAAUGACCAUCUUUUGUAGAAAAUUUAUACAUUUUUGCAUAUUUCAAUUUCCACUGCAAUUUUUUAAGGCUUUAACUUGCUCUAUAAAUUAAAAUGAGUUUGUGCUUUCCUUGAGAUGCACUUAUUCUUAUUACAAGCAUUUUAUAAUUUUGUAUAAAUAUCUAUUUUCUCUAAAUAUUUUGCUUUCAGUAAAAUGCUUUCCAACUCUGUUUAGUAUAUUAAUUAUAAGUGGAUUGGUAGAAUUGCUUUUUAUUGACUAGUAAAACUUACUGCCUAUGCUUUUUAUCUCAGGCUUGCAAAGUUAAAUAAAAAUGACUAGCCAUUCCAGAAACAGUU